CUUGCUGCUCACAAAAGCUGUAUGGCUCUCUGUCUAGAAGGGGCUCACAGCAUGGGGGCCUUCUAUUGCCUCAUAAGGCGAAGAUUUAAGCGGAGGCGCAAGAAACGAUCUGAACGCAAAGGUACCAAGAGUAGAUCAAUGGCUGAAGAAAGAGCCCAUUCUCGCCAGUCCAGAAACCAGAAGUAUUUUGCCAUGGACGUUGAUGAAGAAGGAAAUAUAAGUUCAUGCAGCACAGAUGUUAAAGAAAACCGCAACCUGGACAACUUCUCUUCAAAGGAGACUUCAGGCGAGGGGGCUCAGCUUCCAAAUGGAGGUGGCGGCAACAGCAGCAGGAAACGGCCACUUGAGGAAGGCAAUAAUGGUCAUGUGCAUUCCAAGUUCCGUCCCAAGAAACGCAAGAAAACACCGGGCCCUGUCUUACCAAAAAAUGCCCUAAUGCAACUGAAUGAGAUCAAACCAGGUUUACAGUACAAGCUUCAGUCACAGACUGGGCCUGUUCAUGCCCCAGUAUUUGUUAUGACUGUCGAAGUCAAUGGACAGAUUUUUGAAGGAUCAGGCCCAACAAAAAAGAAAGCUAAGCUAAAUGCAGCAGAGAAAGCACUACGGUCUUUUGUACAGUUCCCUAAUGCUUCAGAAGCUCAUAUGGCCAUGGGCCGGACACUGACUGUAAAUGCUGAUUUCACAUCAGAUCAGGCAGACUUUCCUGAUGCCCUUUUUAACGGGUUUGAAACUCCCACUCUAGUGGAUGAAUCCUAUUACUUGGGCUCCAAUGGAAAUGGUUCUUUCAGCUCUGUAGAAGACUUUCCCCUUCCCUCAUCAGGUGGAGGGGGAACCAACCACAGCCAUUCACCACUCUCCUUGACCUCUGCUUAUGCCCCUUCCAGUGGAAAAAAUCCUGUCAUGAUCUUGAAUGAACUGCGCCCAGGCCUUAAGUAUGACUUUGUUUCAGAGAGUGGCGAGAGUCAUGCUAAGAAUUUUGUAAUGUCAGUGACAGUUGAUGGGCAAACAUUUGAGGGCUCAGGAAGAAACAAGAAACUGGCAAAGGCCCGUGCUGCUCAGGCAGCACUCGCCAGUCUGUUUAAUAUGCACCUUGACCAGACUCCAUCAAGACAGCCCAUCCCUAGGGAAGGACUUCAGCUUCAUUUGCCUCAGGUUCUAGCAGAUUCAGUGUCUCGUCUUGUUGUGGAUAAAUUCAGUGAACUUACCGACAACUUCACAUCACCCCAUGCAAGGAGGAAAGUCCUGGCUGGGGUUGUCAUGACAACAGGUACUGAUGUAAAAGAUGCUCAGGUCAUCUGUGUGUCCACAGGCACAAAGUGUAUAAAUGGGGAAUAUAUGAGUGACCGUGGGCUGGCCCUGAAUGAUUGCCAUGCAGAAAUUAUUGCCCGGCGGUCACUGGUCAGAUAUCUGUAUAUCCAGCUGGACCAUUUUCUUAGCAACAGCAAAGAGGAACAUCAAAAGUCUAUAUUUGUAAAGUCUGAGAAAUGUGGCUACAAACUUAAGGACAAUGUGCAGUUUCACCUUUAUAUCAGUACAUCACCUUGUGGAGAUGCCAGGAUUUUUUCCCCUCAUGAAGCUGGAGUUGAAGACCAAGGAGACAGACACCCAAAUAGGAAAGCACGUGGACAGCUUCGAACAAAAAUUGAAUCUGGUGAAGGAACCAUUCCAGUGCGGUCGAGUAACACUAUUCAGACAUGGGAUGGAGUGCUACAAGGUGAAAGGUUGUUAACUAUGUCCUGCAGUGACAAGAUUGCAAGAUGGAAUGUGGUGGGAAUCCAGGGAUCUUUACUGAGCUACUUUACUGAGCCCAUUUACUUCUCCAGUAUAAUCCUGGGAAGCUUGUACCAUGCGGACCACCUAAGCAGAGCGAUGUACCAGAGAAUAGCUGAUAUUGAGGAUCUCAGUUCCCCAUUCAUACUUAACAGGCCUCUUUUAAGUGGAAUUAGCAAUGCAGAAGCAAGACAGCCUGGUAAAGCCCCAAAUUUCAGUGUGAACUGGACAGUUGGUGACCAAGGCCUUGAAAUUAUUAAUGCAACAACUGGAAAAGAUGACAUGGGUCGUGCAUCUCGACUCUGCAAACACGCUCUCUACAGUCGCUGGCUACGCCUACAAUCAAAGCUGGCAUCCAGUCUCCGAAUCAAGCUUAUGAAGCCCAACUUGUACCAUGAAGUGAAGCAGGUUGCCACAGAGUACCAGUCAGCAAAGCAGGCGCUCUUCAAAGCAUUCCAGAAAGCUGGGCUUGGUGCCUGGGUGAAGAAGCCAAUAGAACAAGAUCAGUUCUCCCUGACCCCAUGAGACAAGGAGUCUGGACUGAGUCCCUCCGUUCAUACAUUACAAACAAAAAUACCAGCUACUAAGACUUUGCAUUUGUUCUAUUUAUUGUAAGUUAGUGUUGAGGCUUUACUUGCCACCUACUCUCACUCUCUCUCUGUUUUGUUCUUCCUUUUUGGGGGGUUGGGAGCAUGGUUUAAUUUUUAAUUUUCUGAUGCCUUUAUUUUACCUUACAUGUUUAUGACAUGAAGUCUGGCUGUUUUAAACUGGAAUUUUUUAAGAUGUAUAGUAACAUUUUAUAAUAAAGAAAGAGGUUUAAUUAAAAAAAUAAGAAAUUUUGCCAACAGAACACAUUAAUGCCAAAUAGGAAUUAGAAGUGUUGUGUUCUCAGCUAGUUUUUAGUUUUCUAUUAAUUUUAUCUGUGUUAUGAAAAGACCUUGUUUUUCUUGGUGAAUUAGUGUGCAUUCUGAUUUUAGAAGAGCUUCAUAGUCAUGUCUUUCACUAUGAAAGUUAAGUCAUAGAAUCGGGAAGCAACAAAAUAUUGUCUGCCUUAGACUACUGGGUUGCUACAUGUAUUUGAUAAGACCUUUUUUCCAAUCAGGAAGCUUCAGAUUUAUCUUUUAUGUCAAUGUAAAGAAUAUGGGAGUGAGUAGUUUGCUACUCUGUUAUGAAUGAAAUGUACAGCUUGAAUUGAAAGUAUCUGUAAGUUCUGCUUUUUGUCUCCUUUCUGUAUGUUAAAAACAUUGUCCCAGUCAAAUAUGCAUGGGCUUACAUAACUAGUUUUUGACUGGUCAUGUUUUGACAACUUUGGUGUACUCGACCACCACUAAGACACACGCACAAAGGAGGUAUUUUUGUCAUGAUUGUAGGUGUAAGCAUGUAAUCUGUCUCUUCAACAGAAGAAAUAAAUGCAUCAAAGAUG